AUGAGUUCAUUGUUGCCGCCGUUUCCACCGGACUUAUCGCUGCCGCCACCGAGGCCUCCACCACCGCCACCGCCACUUGAUGAAAAUAGAAUCUUGAUCGUCCGCCUGGUCAUGGCCUUCGCGUUGUCCUUGUUCGCUAUCUUCCUGUGCGGCUGCUGCAAGGGAUAUCGAAACAGCCAGGCUCGCGCUGCGGCCGCCGCUGCCGGAGGGCCACGGCUGCAGCAGCUGGAAUCCCGUGCGGGCAACGGCGGCGCGACUAACACGGCGGCCCGCCUUCCCGCGUUCAAAUAUAGCCAGUCGGUGAAGCACAAAGUGGCUGGUGCGGAGGAGGAGGCGGCGACGUGCUCGGUGUGCCUCGGCGCGUUCCAGCACGGCGAGUCAGUGCGGCUGCUGCCGGCGUGCCUGCACCUCUUCCACGUCGAGUGCAUAGAUCCGUGGCUGGACAGGCACUCGACGUGCCCGAUCUGCCGCUCCGACACUGACCCCACGAUUGGCGUAGGACGGCUACCGAAUGUGUAG